GUACGAGAGGGAAAGCAGAGUGAACGGGAGUAUAUAGUCAGUUUACAAUACAUUUAUUUAUAUCCUGGAAUAUGUAUUACCGAAUAUAUCAGGCCGACAGAUGAUGCGUUUCACGCCUCGUAGCAGGUUAAACAUUGUCUUGCGAUUCGAUGAACGAAAAGACGCACGAACGAGAUGGGCACUGGACGGCUACUUUCUACAACUUCAUUAAACUCAACCCCGCGAAAUCCAUGUUCCUGCGUCCGGUUAGUUGUACUUGCAGUGGUUCUGUUCCAGCUCUGCGCACCUUUUAACUUGGAAACCGAAAACCGGGUGGUGUACUCUGGACCUAGAGGAAGUUUUUUCGGUUAUUCUGUGGACUUUUUCAACAGCAAUGUACCAAGCAUUUUGAUUGGUGCUCCCAAAGCAAACACCAGCCAACCGAACGUCAUUGAAGGUGGAUCUGUCUUUUUCUGUCCCUGGAGCCAGAACCAAUCAGACUGCAGCACUGUCAACUUUGACAACCAAGGAGAUCGCCGUUUCCAUGUCAACAGCGUCGACACCCAGGUGGAAUUCAAGUCCUAUCAGUGGUUUGGGGCAACAGUGCGUUCCCAUGGCAACACCGUCCUGGCUUGCGCCCCAAGGUACUACUGGAGAACGGAACAUGACACCCCCUUCUCGGACGCCACGGGAACCUGCUACCUCUCCGUGGACAGCCUCAAGACGUUUGUGGAGUACGCCCCCUGUCGCACAGAGAGACACGGCCCUGCCGGACAGGGCUACUGUCAGGGAGGCUUCAGUGCUGACUUCACCAAGGAUGGGAAGGUUGUGCUAGGGGGACCAGGAAGCUUUUACUGGCAAGGUCAGCUGAUCUCCGCCACCACAGAGGAAAUUGUGAAGUCCUUUUACCCCUCCUAUUUCCUGCUCUCUGUUACCGGGCAGAUUCAGACCCGGCAGGUGCAGGGUAGCUAUGAUGACAGUUACCUGGGUUACUCUGUGGCCAGUGGGGAGUUCAGUGGGGAUAAUGUUGAAGAUUUCGUCACUGGAGUUCCCAAAGGUCUCAUGCUGUUUGGUGUAGUGUCCAUACUGAGUGGGAAAGAUCUGCGAUCCAUGCUGAACAUAAGCGGAGAACAGAUGGGGUCCUAUUUCGGCUAUGCAGUGGCGGCCACGGACAUCAACAACGACGGGCUGGAUGACCUGGUGGUGGGAGCCCCCAUGUUCAUGCGGAGGGGUUCGGCCGGGCAGCGCUGGGAGGAGGUGGGCCGUGUCUAUGUGUUCCUGCAGCGCCAGCCCCUGCUGUUUGAGCCGGGCCAACCCCACCUCGCAGGGAGCCAGGCCUACGGGAGGUUUGGCAGCUCCCUGGCACCGCUGGGAGACCUCAACCAGGAUGGCUUCAACGACAUCGCUAUUGGCUGUCCCUUUGGAGGAGAUGACCAACAGGGAUUGGUCUUCAUCUAUAAUGGACAUGCCAACGGGGUAAAGAACACGCCCACUCAAACACUAGCUGGCCAAUGGGCCUGUGGCGCCUUUCCUGCCAGUUUUGGCUUCGCUCUCCGUGGAAAUACAGAUCUGGACCAGAAUGGCUACCCAGAUCUCAUCGUUGGUGCUUUUGGGGUUGACAAGGCUGUCCUAUACAGGGCUCGUCCUAUCGUCAAUGCCAGUGCGUCUCUUACAGUGCAGCCGACCAUGAUCAACCCGGAAGAGAAGAGUUGUCUGGUAUCCAAUGGCAACGAGACCAUCUCCGUGUCUUGUGUCAACCUCAGCUUCUGCCUGUCGGCCAAUGGGAAGCACCUCCCCGCUGAUCUAGGUUUCUUGGUGGAGGUGCAGCUGGAUGUUCUGAAACAGACCCAGAAGGAGUCUGUUGUGAGGAGAACCCUGUUCCUGGAAAGCCAACAGCCCAGCUUGCUGAAGACUGUCACCUUCGCCGCCGGCGGACAAACUUGUUACCACGCCGACAUCUUCCUGCGCAGUGAAGGGGAGUUCCGUGAUAAACUUUCCCCUAUUUACGUCAGCCUAAACUUUAGCCUGGACCCUCAUGCCUCACUGGAUCGCCACGGCCUGAGACCCAUUUUAAACCACCAGACAACGCAGCUUAUAGAGCAGAAGGCCCAGAUUCAGUUGGACUGUGGGGAGGACAACAUCUGUGUGCCCGACCUGAAACUGUCCGUUUACGGCGAUAGGACGGAGGUGUAUCUGGGCGACGAGAACUCCCUGACACUGACCUUCAACGCCAGGAACGAGGGAGAGGGCGGGGCCUACGAGGCAGAGCUUUACGUCUUGCUACCCCCGGAGGCGGACUACAGUGGUAUCGCCCGCAACAACGCGAGUUUGACUCGGUUGACCUGUAGCUACGAGGCGGAGAACCAGACCCGCUACCUGCUGUGUGACCUGGGCAACCCUAUGAAGUCUGGCACGAGUUUUUGGGCGGGCCUCCGCUUCACUGUGCCUCGACUGGAGGACACCCACAGCACAGUGCAGUUUGAGCUUCAGAUACGCAGUAAAAAUGAGAAUAACUCUGAGAGUGACAUGAAGCUCUUUGAUCUGGAGGUAGCUGUGGUCGCAGGUGUUAUUCUACAGGGCGUAUCUCGCCCAGACAAACUCCUCUUCCCUCCACCAAACUGGAAGAUGAGCCACAGCUUGCAGGAGGAGCAGGAGGUUGGCCCGGAGAUCCUGCAUGUUUAUGAGUUGGUGAACAACGGGCCCAGUAUGAUCAGUCGUACAGUGCUGGAGCUCCAAUGCCCUCUGAGAGCUCAGGGUCACGUCCUUCUGUAUCCCCUGGAGGUCAUCACUCAAGGACAACUGAACUGCACUUCCAACCACACCCUCAAUGCAUUGAGACUCAAGCUCCAGCCUCCUACAUCAGAGCAGCCUACCUCCUUCCUGACGACCGACCCAGAGCGCCACCUCCACAGAAGAGAGAUCAACAGGGAUCCCCUGGCUGAGAGAGACAACCUGUCGUGUUCUACAACAGAGUGCUGGAGGCUGCACUGUCAAGUAGGUUUACUGGAGAGGGGAGGCAGUGUCCUUCUGACCAUCCGUUCGCGCAUCUGGGCUGAGACCUUCAUCGAGAGGCCAAACAAGCAGUAUGUGCUGGAGUGCUCUGUCCAUUACAAAGUGGAGAAGAUGCCCUACACCAUCGCCCCCAAAGUCAAACCCAGUGGAUCCCAGAAGGUCUUAACUACGGUGCUGUGGAACAAGCCGGACAGUCAGUACAAAGUUCCCUGGUGGAUCAUCCUCUUGGCCAUCCUGGCUGGGCUCCUCCUGCUCUCUCUGCUCAUAUAUGCACUCUACAAGUUGGGCUUCUUCAAGAGAGCCGAUCCCUAUGGCACAGCCAUGGAGAAAGCUCAACUCAAACCCCAGGCAUCUUCCGAGGCCUAAACGGCGGACCAUGCCUUGAUGUUGUUCUCAAGAACUGGAAAGAAAUUACAUUGGACUUCAAUUGUAACUCCAAAUGAACCACAUCAUUCUCAUUAUUUCCUUAUGAAGGGAAGUGUUCAGUCGAUGUCUGUAGGAUGUUUGCCACUGGAUUCCCAUUGGUAUUCAUCCUGAUGCUGCACUGAACUGCUGAAGCAGGCAAACACUUAAGAUAUCAACCACACACCACAUGAGUUAUCUUUCAAACAGACAAACUAUGCAUGAGGUUGAAUGGAGCAUAAAGUCUUUAAAAUCCUCCUUUCAGUAAAUCCAGUAGCAACCCUGGUUGAGGAAUGCUGCGGGGAUUAACCAAACUUUGAAGGACAGUCAGAUACUACAGUGCCUUACUUUGGUCUGAACAGGUCCUCACUGACCCUACAAGCAAGCGUUUGGUGGCCCAUCGUUGGCAAAUUCAGCCAUUACUGGCAUUACUGACAAAUUUCAUCCGCCAGUCAGCCAUUGGUCACUUGCUGUUAAGUGUCUAGUAUUAGAAACUGGUUGUAUUGCAUCCUGAAUGCUGAUUGGCCAAUAACUGUGGUCUAUGAGACCAUAUACCACAGCUAUAACAUAACUGCCAUUUUUACUGUUCUAAUUGCGUUGAUAACCAGUUUAAAAUCGCAAUAAGCCAUUUUAAGGGUUUGUGGUAUAUUGUCAGUAUACCAUGGCAUCGCGCUGCCUGAGAACAGCUCUUAGCCAUGGUAUAUUUGGCACAUAAUACACUCCUUCAUGUCUUAUUGGUUUAGUAUACCACCAUAUCUGCCAACACAUGCUAAAAUUACAUGGUUUGUUUUCCAGUCAGCACUAUUGGUUUAAAAGUGGUUUGGUAGCUGUUUAAAUCAGAUAUAACUUUAAAGUAAAUUCAAGUGGCCUUCUUGCUGACAUUUUUCAUGUACUUCCUGAUGCCUUAUUUUCAUUAUGUUACUAUGCAACUUCAACACUUUUGUAAAUACAGUGCUAAAGCUAUAAAUUGUUACAGUGGAAGGAUAUAACCUCAAAUCCACUGAUCACUAUUUAUAACAUGUUUUUGUGCAUUCAUCAAAAGAAUCUUUGUCAUACUUAAAUAAAUGUUUUGUUUGUUUUGAGACAAAACAAUAAAGUUGUACAUUUAGAAUUUCAUGAAAAAUAUGUAAAACUGCAAUGGAAUUACGUUUUUCUGUAAAACUAUUCUCUCCCAUGUUGGGAGUGUCUUUUUUAAGUUGUUUUGCUG